GGGGCCGCAGGAGACGGGGCAGCAGCAGCAGCAGCAGCAGCACGCGCCCAUCCUGAGUGAGACGGGUCGUGAGGGGUUCAUGUGCUGCGCUCUCGAAGACGGCUCCAGCUACGAGUGCCCUGCCUGCAGGGGGGUGGUGCUGCUGACACGCAGGCAGCAGCAUGAGCGGUUCUGGUGCCAAGGGAGGUCGGCAGCGGGGGGAGGGCUGCGGGAGGAGGAGGGAGAGGAGGCGGACAUGGGGGAAGAGGAGGGGCGGUGGCAGGGAGGAGGAAGAGGUGGAGUAGAAGGAGGAGGAGAGGCGAUGGCGGAAGGUUGAGGACUUGAGGAGGCGGGAAGAGGGGCGGAGGGCAAGUGUGGGUGACCUUGUG